AUGGACGGCCGCGACUACCUCACGUCGGUGCUCUCAGACGACCAUGUGCCGCAAGAACUGCGUGCCUACUAUGAGUCGUUCCGCGAGCUGCGCGAUCAGCGCCUGUGGUACCAGCUGACCCUCCAAGUCGAGAGCUUCCUGCGGCACCCGGCGUCGCAGGAGCGCCCGCGGCACAUUGAUCUGUACGAACACUUUAUCCGCACAUUCGCUCGGCAUAUCAAUCACCUCGUGCUCGCCAGCAUGGGCGUCAUUGUGUCGCGGCAGUACGAGCAUGCCGCCGAUGCGCUCGCUUUCCUGCAGCGCCUCGCGACGGAGACCGACCAGCCCGAGACGCAGGACGCGCACGUCCUCCUCUCGAUGGAGGCCGCCCACUUCCAGCUCCUGCUCGGCGAUCUCUCCGGCACACGCGCGGCCAUGGAUCGCUGCGCCAAGCUCCUAGACUCGUUCGACGCCGUCGAGCCGGUCGUGCACGCGUCCUUCUAUCGCGUGUGCGGCAACUACCACAAGGCCAAGGCCGAGUAUGCCGACUACUACCGCAACUAUUUCCUCUUUCUCGCAUGCAUCCACGUUGAUGCCGAGAUGUCCAAGGCCGAGCAGGUGCAGUGUGCGCACGACCUGAGCAUCUCGGCCCUGCUGGGCGAUACCAUAUACAACUUUGGCGAACUGCUCCUGCACCCCAUUCUCGCGUCGCUCCAAGGCUCCGAGUACGCGUGGCUCGCCGACCUGCUCUUCGCCUUCAACGCCGGCGACAUGGGCCGCUUCGAGGCACUGCUCCCCCGCCUCGCGAGCGAGCCGAUGCUGCAGGCCCACGUCCCCUUCCUCCGCCAAAAACUCUGCCUGAUGGCCCUGAUCGAGAGCCUCUUCCAUCGCUCCAUGUACGACCGCACGCUCCCUUUCACUACCCUAGCAUCCGAGACGCGCAUACCCGUGGACGAGGUCGAGCACCUCGUCAUGAAGGCCCUGUGUCUCGGCCUCGUGCGUGGCUCGAUCGACCAAGUCGCCCAGCUCGUGCGCAUCACAUGGGUCCAGCCCCGCGUCCUCGAUACCGAUCAGAUGCAGGCACUCCUACGCCGCCUCACCGACUGGAGCGAGCGCGUAGAUCGCGUCGCGACGUUCGUGCACCAACAGUCCCCCGACCUCUUUCCCCACGCCCUGUAG